CCCAAAAACGAAUGGUGGUGAAGUAGAAUUAAGAUUUAAGCCAAAGAAAAUUCCAUGGCACCACACUGAACAUAAAUUGCCAUCUUUGACGUGUCAAAAACGUUUGACCAGCGUUUCCUUGUUCAAGCUUUCUCGUUUCUCCCAUAGGAUUUCUGUCCCUCACAUUUCCCGGUUCUUUCCUUCUUCAACUAAUAAAGCCGCCUGCUUGUUUUCUUAUUUCUGGGUUUUAAUGUUUCAUUGAUUGCAGAAUUUUUUCAAUUCAAUUUUAUAAGGAUCUGCUUUGAGAGAUUUUCAAUAUUGCAGGAUCUCAUCUGUCAGCUUCUUAGAGUGGAGGGAAUGUAGUAAUAAACCAUCCUAAAACAAAUUCUUUUUUAUGUGGGUACGUUUGUCACCAUGGUCUGUAUUUUCCAAGUUUAGAUAAUGGAUUCAGCAGUUUCUGUACUGACAAAUAUGGUGAGAGUUACAUCUGAUUGGGUGACAUCAGCCUUUGAGGUUCCAUUCGCAAGAGCUGUGAUAUUUGAGGUUAACAUUGGAGGACAUCUAUUUGUGGAAGGUCUUCUCCUGGUGGUCAUUGUCUUUCUAAUGUCUCAGAAGAGUUACAAACCACCUAAAAGACCAUUGACAAAGAAGGAAAUUGAUGAGUUAUGUGAAGAAUGGGCCCCAGAACCACUUAUCCCUUCCAUCACUGAUGAGAUGAAACAUGAACCUCCGGUUUUGGAAAGUGCUGCAGGGCCUCAUACUAUAGUUAAUGGGAAAGACGUAGUGAACUUCACUUCGGCGAAUUACCUUGGAUUAUUAGGAAGCAAAGAAUUACUAGAGACUUGUACUUCAGCUCUAGAGAAGUAUGGUGUAGGUUCUUGUGGUCCCCGGGGAUUCUAUGGCACAAUUGAUGUCCACCUUGAUUGUGAGGCUAGAAUAGCGAAGUUUCUGGGAACUCCAGAUUCCAUACUCUACUCGUAUGGACUUUCUACAAUGUUCAGUGCAAUUCCAGCUUUUUGCAAAAAGGGAGAUGUUGUUAUCGCGGAUGAAGGUGUCCACUGGGGAAUCCAGAAUGGCCUUCAGCUCUCUAGAAGUACCAUCAUAUACUUUAAGCAUAACAAUAUGGAGUCGUUGCGAAGUACUUUGGAGAAAGUAACCCAAGAAAACAAACAAGCUAAGAAGCUUAGGCGCUAUAUCGUUGUUGAAGCUGUGUAUCAGAAUUCUGGCAAAGUAGCUCCAUUAGAUGAAAUCAUCAAGCUGAAGGAAAAAUAUCGAUUCCGUGUAUUGUUGGAUGAGAGCAAUUCCAUUGGUGUGCUUGGCAGUUCUGGUAGAGGUCUAACUGAACAUUGUAAAGUUCCGGCUGACAAGAUAGAUAUAAUAACUGCGGCAAUGGGACAUGCAUUGGCCACAGAAGGCGGCUUUUGCACUGGGAAUGCUAGAGUCAUUGAUCACCAGCGCCUCAGUAGUUCUGGUUAUGUCUUCUCUGCUUCACUGCCUCCUUACUUAGCAAGUGCUGCGAUUAAGGCUAUUGAUAUCGUGGAAGAAAAACCUGAACUUCUUGUCAAACUGAGGCAAAAUAUUGCUACGUUGACUAAAGGUCUAUCGGAUAUAAAAGGCUUAGAUAUAGUAAGUGAUCCGCUCUCCCCGAUUAUAUUCCUUACAUUAAAGAAGUCCACUGGUUCUUCAAAGGGUGAUCUACAAAUGCUUGAAGAUAUAGCUGAUCAUGUCUUGAAGGAAGAUUCUGUCUUUAUUGUUACUUCAAAGAGGUCAACUCUUGAUAAAUGUAAGCUGCCAGUUGGAAUUAGAUUAUUUGUGUCGGCAGCUCAUUCAGAAGCCGAUCUGGUGAAAGCCAGUGAAUCAUUGAAAAGAGCAGCAGAAUCGCUAUUGCCAGUUCGCGAUUGAUACUGAAGGAUCUAAACGUUCUUGAGAUUGCGUGGUCACAAUUGUUGAUUCACUACUUGUAGAAAUUCUUUUGUCCAAAAUUUUGCUUUCAUUUCCUGUUUCAUAUUUUGCUUAUUAGUGGAAAGAUCAAGAGAAGACUGAAAGAUGAUAGUACUAUAGUAGUAGUUGAAUAGUUGAAUGUAUAGAUAGAUAUUUAUUUCUAUUUUGUUGGAGUAUGAAGUUAAUUUUUGUUGAUUUGACGAGAUGUUUCUAUUUUGUUGGAGUAUGAAGUUAAUUUUUGUUGAUUUGAA